CGGCGGAGGCGGUGCCACUCUCUCGGCCGUCCGGGACGAGACGACGGCUCUAGGCGGCGAGCGUUAUGGCGGCAGAGGAGGACGUGUUCCAGAGAGCUCGGGGAAGGACUCUGACCGCUUUCCGCCAAGAAUUCUGUAAGGAUGGGCAUUCUGACCUUCUCCUGGGCUUCUCAGGUGAUGAGUACCAAUGGAAGGGUCCUUUCUACUUCAUCCAAGGAGCAGAUCCUCAAUUUGGACUAAUAAAAGCUUGGGCAGUUGGCAAUACAGGAAGUGGAGAUGAUGAAUGGGGAGAAGAAAUCAAAUUAACAGAGCAAGCAGUACAGGCCAUUAACAAACUAAACCCUAAACCCAAGUUCUUUGUGUUGUGUGGAGAUCUUAUCCAUGGAAUGCCAGGAACCCAGUGGAGAAAGGACCAAGAGCAAGAUUUAAAGAGCGUUCUGAAAAACACUGACCAGGACAUCCCGUUGGUAUUUGUCAGUGGAAAUCAUGAUAUUGGCAAUACUCCAACAAGAGAAACAAUAGAUAAUUAUUGCAAGAGUUGGGGAGAUGACUACUUCAGCUUUUGGGUAGGAGGUGUUUUCUUUCUUGUGCUGAAUUCUCAAUUGUACUUCGAUUCUUCCAAAUGCCCAGAGUUAAAGCAAGCUCAGGACGCAUGGCUAAAUGGGCAGCUGGCUGCUGCCAGAAAACAUAAAUGCAAGCAUGUAAUAGUGUUUCAGCACAUCCCUCUGUUUUUGAGAGAGCCUGAUGAAGACCAUGAUUAUUUCAACUUGGAAAAAUCAGUUCGACAUGAGAUAAUGGAAAAGUUCCAUAAAGCAGGCGUUAAAGCUGUGUUUUCAGGACAUUACCACAGGAAUGCUGGGGGGUGCUACAGAGGACUGGAAAUGGUGGUCUCAUCAGCAAUAGGAUGUCAGCUGGGAGAAGAUAAACAUGGACUUCGAGUGGUCCUUGUCACAGAUGAAAAGAUUGUUCAUAGAUAUUACAGUUUAGAUGAGUUGAGCAGCCAAGGCUUGGAGAAAGAGAUGAUGGAUAUGCUUGCUAAGGAAAAUUAGGCUAUGCGAAAUUCCUUUUAACUCAAGUGGUUUUUGUGAUCUUUUGCCAUAUUUGUUAGAUGAACACAAAGAGUUUCAGAAAGUUUCCACAACUUGAAAUCAAAUUUUUGCUUGUGCACCAUGCCCAUGAACAGCUCUCCAUUUGUUAUCAUCCUAAAUAACAAAAAAGAGUUCUUGACGUAUAUUUUUGUAAAAUGAGACCCACAAGGAAUAUGGGAAGAUAACACAUCACUGAAAACAUUUUUCUGUUCUGAGAUUUUAUACUCUCCUCAUGGAUAAGACAUUCUAAAUAAACAGGAAGUAUAUGCAAGAGUGAGAGUAGUAAUUCUAGGUGAUGCUUCAACUGAAGACUAUUUUCAUUUGAUAUGUAAGACAUUAGAAAAAGAAAAAUCAAUAAAUUCAAUCACCUCAGUUACACUCUGGACAAUACAAACUUUUUUUUUUUUUUUACUUUAGAGAAACAAAUCUCAAAAAGUCAGUGAAAGCAAUAGACUCCAUUUAAAUACAGUACAGGAGGUGAAAUACUGUGUUGAAGAUUCAAUUUCAUUACAUUUUAGUUACAACAUUUUAUUUGAGGGCUCAUGAGAUUUUAAAAAUAUCUGCAGUAUUUUGAACUGUUUUCUUUUCCCAGUAUAACAGCUGUAGCUGCAAGUGGACAGUACCAAACAUGAGCUACAAUCUCAUGAUGACAGCCUAAGCGUAGGUAAUGUUUGAAUCAAAAAGAAAGAAAAUGAUUUUGCUUUUGAUCUCCAGCUGCUUUUGAUUAGUUUAAUGUUUUCACAGGUUCAUUUUCAAGGGAACAUGCGGAAAAUGGGAGAGAAAAUCUAAAGUUAGCUAAACACCCAGAAAGAAGUUUCACUGGAAGUUAAGCAGUUAAUUUAUUAGUUUAAUAGUUAAAAGUCAUUUUUAAAAAUCUGUGUACUUUUAUAUCUUUGAAACCACUGAGUUCUGUUAACAUUUAGUCUUAGAUUACAUUUAGUAAUCACAGGUUAUUAAAGGUUUCAAAAACAAGAUGAUACUAGAUUAUUACUUGCAGAGGGAAGAACAGACUUGCUAUUCAGUCUGGCAUUUAUGUUUUAAGGCUGAAAAAGUUCAGCAGAGGGACCUGAGACAGUCCAAGCACAGAGCACGCUCCCUGCUCUGGCACAGUACUGUAAAGCUGGAUGGAGGACAUGCUUUUUUCAUAUGGCCGUUUAUUCAAUGUAAUUUUAACUGAAUGUCUGAAGCUUGGGAGAUAGGUCCUACCACCAUAACUUCAGGAGGAAGUCUUUCCAAAACUACGAAAACAUUAAUAGUAGUGGUAUUAUAGAACUCUAAUUUUAUUUUCAUGGUUACAAUGUACUAAUAUACAUUGGAAAUGUUUGCAUAAGCAUCAUUUUAAUUCAUAUUUGUAAAUUAUUUUUCCUCUUCUUAGUAUCAUUUCAUUGCAAGAAAUUCCAUAGCAUUCUGUCAUAAAAAUUUUGCUCAAGUACAAAUCUGAAGUUCAAUUAAAAGAGAUUUUAUAUCCCAAGUA